GCAAUAGAGCACUGACAGCAGCAUCAAUAAGAUUGCAAGAGCACCACAGACAAUCCGCGGCACCAUGGGCGACGUCGACGCAUGCGAAGUGGAGAGCGGGAAGCAGGAGUACACUCUAAGGCCACGGAACCGGGACUGGAAGGAGAGGACCAAGGUCUGGUUCAAGCGGAACCUCCUGAUCAUCUUCACGGUAGUGUCAGUAUUUGUUGGAGUCUUCCUGGGGAUGGGGCUAAGGGCGGCAGAACCUUCUAAAGAUGCCAUCCUUCUGAUUGGAUUCCCAGGGGAUGUCCUCAUGAGGCUCCUGAAGAUGCUCAUCCUACCCCUCAUCGUCUCCAGCUUGAUUACAGGUCUGACCGGUCUUGACGCCAGAUCGAGUGGAAAGUUGGGCGGGAGGGCGCUGUUGUACUACUUCUGCACGACCUGCAUCGCUGUCAUCAUUGGAAUUAUCCUGGUGGUCGCCAUCCGCCCCGGGAGAGAGAACAUCAAGAAGAACCUCGGAGACGGUAACCAAGUGAAGGAGCUAACGACCUUAGAUGCAUUCCUCGACCUCCUCAGGUAA